CUGUAUCCUACACUUGCACGCGACUAGACGGACACCAGCGUCCCAGCAACGUAAUCCUAGAGCACCAGAAGACAUUCCACCCAUGGCGCCGGUGGAAACAGAGUACUAUGACCUCCUCGGAGUCAGCCCGGAUGCGAACGACAAUGACUUGAAGAAGGGAUACAGGAAGGCGGCAAUGAAGUACCAUCCCGACAAGAACCCUUCACCAGACGCCGAGGAAAAGUUUAAGGAGAUCAGCAAAGCGUACCAAGUACUCUCCGACCCUAAUCUACGCGCGGUCUACGAUAAGAAUGGAAAGAAGAUGGUGGACAAAGAAGGCACGGGCACCAUGGAGGACGCUGCCGGGUUCUUUGCCAACGUUUUCGGCGGCGAACGAUUCUACGACUAUAUCGGCGAGAUCUCGCUCAUGAAGGAGAUGUCCGCGGUGGCGACCACGAUGAUGACCGACGAAGAGAAGGCCGAACUCGAGAAGGAGCUCAACCCGGACGCGCCCACGCCGUCCGUAACAACCCCUCCUGCCAGCUCCGACGUGCCGCCUGCUUCCCCGUCACCCUCCCCAGCGCCCGCCACCUCCGCAUCUAGCCCCGCCCCAGCACCCUCCUCCUCGCCCAAACCCAGCGAACGCCCCUCCAUCCUCCCCUCCCCCUCCUCCGAGCCCUCCGCGUCCCAAGGCGAGCUCCGCCCUGACGGCACGCACGCGGACAACUCCGCCGCCUCUAAGAAAAAAGAUGGCAAGAGGCCUUCGUCCGCCAAGCUCACGCCUGAGAAGAAGAAGGAGCUGCACGAGCUCGAGGAGGCGCGCCGGAAGCGAAUGCAGGACCGCGUGGAUAUGCUCACUAAGAAGCUCGUCGAGCGCCUUCGACCAUUCGUCGAGGCGAAGCAUCCGGGCGAGAAGGACGACCCAGAGACGCGCGCGUUUGAGGAGAAGAUGCGGCGCGAGGCUGAGGAUCUCAAGCUCGAGAGCUUUGGCGUCGAGCUAUUGCACGCGAUCGGGAACGUGUACAUGAUGAAGGCCACGAGCGCGCUCAAAAGCCGCAAAUUUUUGGGGAUACCUGGGUUCUUCUCGCGGCUGAAGGAGAAGGGCGCCGUGGCGAAGGAUGCCUGGGGCGUCAUCGGCAGCGCACUAAGCGUACAGAACCUGAUGCAAGACAUGGAGAAGCUGCAGGCAAAAGGCGAAGCUGCCGAGGAGGAGCUCCGCGCGCUCGAGAUGGACGUCACGGGCAAGAUCAUGCUCGCCUCCUGGCGUGGGACACGGUUCGAGGUCGUCCAGGUCCUGCGCGAGGUAUGUGACAACGUGCUGCGCGAGCCGGGCGUGCCGGACCAGGUGCUCUACAACCGCGCGAAGGGGCUCAUGAUCGCUGGCGCGAUCUUCAAGGCGGCGCAGCCGGACGAGACGGACGAGGAACGGCGCGAGCUCGAGCGCAUGGUUGCCGAGGCGGCCGCGGGCAAGAGCAAGCACGCGCAGAUACGGGCGGAGCGCAAGGCGGAGCGCGAGCGCGAGCGGGCGCGCAAGCUUGGCGCGGGGAAGGAGAAGGAGAAGACGCCCGAGAAGGAGAAGGAGGGGCCGAUAACGGCCACGGUGGAGACGAGGAAGAACGAGAACGGAGAAGAGGUGCCUGUAGUGAAAGCCUGAUGGGCUGAGAUCCGCGACGACCGGGCACGCUGAUGGUUUUCUGGAUCUUUCUUAUGUUGAUUACACCCGCAUGUCCAGAUGGACAACCUAUCUUACAGUACCGCUUACAGACUAAUGCUUAUAUGCGUGCCAUAUUUGGGGUGCUGAUGUUGGUACAGAGGGAUUACGUUUGUUAACAGCCAAUCAUACACAUAAUCAU